AUGAUAUACAGUAACCAAGAAGGCCAAAUUGCUUUCGAGAGCUCCCCAUCAAUAGCGGACCCAGGCAGGGUCAUAUUCACUCCGGAUAUACAAGAAAGAUUUGCAGAUAAUGUCUAUAAAACUUGGCGAAUCUCCACUCACACAGAGGCAGUGACAUCGGGGCCGAUACGAUCUGAGCGUGGGAGAGGUAUUCCUGCUUAUUCACAUAUCACCGGAAGGACACGACAAAGAGGUAGCUGGAGUCCCAUGAGUGGAAGUCCUUCGCCGGUCAUUCCAUGCGAUUGGCAAGUCGAUCAGAGCAGGCGGCACAGACGAAACGGGAAACGGCGAGAUCCCAGAAUACCGGGUUCAAUGACUCCCGACUUUGGCUAUGAUGCCAUGACUCUCCCUUCCUCUGCAUAUGUUAUUCGAGUUGACGAUGAAGCACGCUUAAAAAGGUAUUAUGAGAAGGCAUUCGAUGCGUUCCAGCAACUGAAUUGUAGAGUCAUCGCCAAGGCAUUUAUCAAGCUUGUCGAGCCGCGGAAACAGGUCAAUUACCCAUACAAUGGACGACGUGCGUCUUCCAGCCCUGGAGGCGAGAGACGCGCCAACCCUGAACUGACCAAGCCGCCCUGGUGGCCAGCCGGUGUCACACACAAGGAGCCAGACCAUCUUCUCAAACCAGAGCGUAUUCAACUUCUUAUCCACAUUCUUCGAGAGCUGGGUGGAAGCCAUGGUAUUACCGCAGAGAAACUUCGUGAGGCUGGCCAAGAUGUGCGUCGGUCUAUCAGCCCUCCUGAGAGACUCCAAAUUCUCGAUGAGGUAUACAACGUCAGACACAUGGAGGAGCGAUACAUCAGGGGCGAAAUAUCCGGCGAUGUCUUGAUCCCGAUUGCUCAAGUCAACCUAGUUGGACCGGAGUUCGAAACGAGCGACGAUGCCAGCACCCCAGACUCCCACGUUCGAAACAGCGAGGGUGGUUCUUCAUGGGGGAUGGAAUCUUUGGCGAGCGAGAGUGUGCGAGGUCAGGAAGCGUCGUCAGGAAGUGACGGUAGGAGCGAGGGGACAACCACAAGAGAUCCUCAGGUAGAAACAUACGAUCACCUGAUGCCAGAGCGCUCGCAGUCGUACAACUUGCCCUACUCCAAUCCUCCUCAUCAUCCAUCAUCGACUCGGGCCAGCUCCUUUGACAGCAACGUCCAAUACAGCCCGCGACACUACCCUAGCAGCACCGCAUCUAGUAUCAUGUCACACGAGGCUUCACCUCACUCCAUCGAUGUGUCCACCCGCCCGUCUUUCUCAAGCUACCUCAACCAACCCAUGCUUCCGCCCGUGCCUGUCACGACUGUCUUGUGGCACCCGACUGUUCAAGCAUCGGCUCCUCCUUACCAGCCUCCUUACUGAUGGGAUCUUGGUAUACGACUCUGCGGUGACAAAAGUCUUUGGAGCCUCUUUUUUCAUCAUUUUCGUUAUUGUUUACCACUCCAUGGGAAUGUCCCGUUAUUACUUAAUGUUAAUUCAUUGGCUUCACUUCAUUGGAUAUAUAGAUUUCGGCGGUUCAGGGAAUCAUUAUAUGUGCUAUUACGGUCUAUUUUCGGGUAUCUUUUCAUUACUUAUAGUUGGCAACUUCAUAAAAGCGCUGUGCUUGCAAGCAAACAGGA